AUGGGGAAAGCGACAAGUAAAACGGACGGCGCGGUGAAGGAUUCAGCCGAUGAUUCUGAAGAAGCAAUUUCGGUUCCUGUUCCGGCAAUCCAGACUCAGACGGCCGCAGCAUCAGGUAAUGGAAAGGAAACCGGCGCAACGGACAACGCCAGCACUUUGAAUAUAACUGAUACGUCCAAGACAAAGGCGACACCUCCUUCAGCUAUUCCUGCUGCAGCCACAACUGCGCCAGCUGCACCAGCCGCAUCUGCCAAGUGUCCUCUUAAGGACUCAACAACAGUUGCCAAGACUUCUAAUCAUGCCAAUGGCCAAGUAGUAAAGAAAAGAGGCAGAGGCAGACCGCGUAAAUAUCCUAUCGGUGGCAAACCUAAGACGGCACCCAAGACGACCAAUGGGAAAAAGUCCACAACCGCAAAAAAGGCCAAAACCACAUCGCCCAAACCACUGUCAGCAGCAAAAGCAUCCGCAGUAACCACUGCGACUGUAGUCGCCGCCGCAGCCUCAACAGCGGCGAAAGUUAAUGCUGCAAAGAAACUACCUAUGCACAAUACCACCACCAACAACAACACCACCACCACCAACAACAACAACACACCCUCGAAAAGCAGCCGGACGAGUGCUUCGUAUUAUGCUGGAGGAAGUGUUGGGGGGGCAUCGGUCACUGACCAAGAUAUAAACGACGUUAUGGGAAUGGAUGCUCUUGACUCGGACUCAGCAUUUGCUGCAUCAUUGCUAUUAAGUCCCCAGCUAAGUCCUGGAUUUACUGCCGAACUGGGAUUUGGACCAAGGGGAAACAAUGAUAGUAAAUCUUGGAUGGCAUCGCCACACCUUCCGGAUACUGAUCUUUUGGAUGAUGGAGAAGAUUCUACCAGUUGGAAUCGUCCAACAUCAGGAUCAUAUAUUCCUCCAGCAACUGGAUUCCCAAUGCCUAAUUUAGAAGGAACACAUCUUGCGAACUCACCGAGCAAAAAGUCUCUACAUGGAGCAAUGCACAAGAUGAGAAUGCAGAACGGGGACCAUGAUGAAGCUUACCGCCAGCUCCAGGAGCGACACGACCGCCUCCUUCAGGACCAUGUCAGAAUGCAAAAGGAGCAGGAGGCACUGGCCGCAGAGCAUGAGAAGAUACGAGAGGAAAAUAAUCGCCUUCUAGAAGAUCGAAAAUCAAUAGAAACUGCAAAGCAACGAUUGCAGCAAUCCAGUGCCAAGCUGAAGCAGAAUAGCGAUCGAACCGAGCGGGAUCUCCAAAAUGUGAAUGACAAGCUGGAAAUGGAAAAGCAAAAGUUGCAACAAAGCUAUAACGAAAUGCGACAACAACUUGAACGAGCGACUAUAGAAGAAGCUAGGAUUCAAAAGGAAAACGAGCAUAUGAAGAAGCAUCAGAAUGCUUCAAUCCGUCAAAUUCGAUGUCUCCGAGAAGCUUUCGAACGGAAUCAGUUCGAAAUAGUGGCGCUGAAGGAGAUGCAAAAUGAGUACAUUGCAAACAAUGAUAAUCUCCGAAAUAGACAGGGCGAGAUGCUCAAGGAGAUUGAGUCUCUGAAGCAAGAAAUUGAACGUUUGGAAGAACCAGGAAGAGCCCCCCCGCGGAUGAAGAGAGCCCUGCCAUUGAAUAACGCGCCGACGGGAGCUUCUGAUUCUGCACUGCUACAAAAGUAUAAGACUUUGGAAGAAGCGCACAAGAAGGUUCAGAAGGACAACGGGGAAAUGAGUCAAACUAACGCCAAAUUGAAGGCACAGCAUGAACAGCUGGAAAAGAGCUACCAACAAAACCAAAAGGAAAAGUCAAGCGUUCAAGAAAGGCUGAACACUUUGACGGGCGAAAUGAACAAAUCGAAAGCAACCCUGACGAAAUUAGAGAAAGAGAAAAAGGAAUUGGAAAGUAGCAGCGCCCAAACCAAGAAGCAACUUGAUGAGCUCCAGAAGGCAAAUGAUGGAAUGCGAAAAGAAAAGCAGCAACUACUAGAUGCCAACAUGAAGUACGGAGGAAAACUAAAAGAUCUCGAUCACGCCCGAAGGGAAUUUGACGCUGAAAAGAUACGGCUCGAGGGUAUCAUAGUGACGGUUCAGAAAGAGAAGGAAACUCUGCAGGAAGCCGAAGUCAUUUUGCGGGAGCAGCGAGAUCACUUGGAGGAUUCCUACAAAAAGUUACAGAAUUCUGGUGACAAAUUAAAGCAAACCAAUGCAAAGCUGCAGGAAGAAAAGAAAGAACUCGAGACUAAGGCGAAAAACGAACGCGAAAAACUUGAAAAGACCGUAGCAGCACUGGAAAAAGAGAAGGACGAAUUGAAGAGAUCGCAAUCGAAGGACGAAGAGAAGAUGGAAGUUCUUCAGACGAAGUGCGAGGAUAUGAAGAAAGAGAAGAAGGAGCUUGAGAAAGCUCAUGCUGAUAUUCGGCAGGACUUUAUCAGUCUCAAGCGCGCCCAUACACAACUUCAGCGCGAAAAGAAGACUUUGGAGGAAUCCUUCGCGAAGACCAAACUAGAAGUCGACGACUUCAAAAAGAGUCGCAGCGAUUCUGAAAAGGAGAUGGGCAAACUUCAGGGAGCCGAAGCCGAAUUGCGACAAAGGGUCACCGACCUGGAAAAGGCACUGGCCAAGACCGAAAAGUCUGAAAAGAGUUGGCAGGAAGCAUUGCAAACAGCCAAGGACAAACACGCGGAGACUUCCAAUCUAUAUGUCAAGCUUCAAGAAGAACACAGUUGCGUUCAAAAAAAGCAUAGAAACCUUGAGGCUACCAACGAGCGUCUGGAACAAGCUCACGACAAGCUGAUGGAAAAACAGCAGACUAACGAUAGCGGCACCAAGGACGUGAAAAAGGGAACCAAUCACCUCCAGGAAGAAAACAUCAAUCUUUUGAAGGAACUGCGAGAUAUGAAUGAGCUGUACGGGAAGGUCAAGGGGGACUUUGACGAUUUGCAGCAUGAUCAUGACAAACUGCAAAGGAAGACGAAGAAUUUGGGAAAAUUGUUGGGCACCGUCCAAAUCGCAGUGAAAGAAGCUGUUGCAGACGACGAUAGCGUCACUUAUCAAAGCAGAAGAGGUGGGGAUGGGUCUGAGGACGAACGUGAACUUCCUUCUGCGACACCUCCUCGGCGGAAAGGCAAGAGAUCAGUGAUCAUUGGUGAACUUGUCGGCGAUCUCGAAACUCCUGAAGAUAUUGCCAAUCGCACGGAUCUUUUGACUGAACCAGAGCCACGCAAACGUUUUACCAGUCCAGGACAAACUAGCCGAAGUCGGAAACGGCGAGCUACCAUUAGUGACAUGAGAGGACGACGAAAGGAAGCGAGGACGACGACGAACACUGCGAGUUCGAAACGACGUGCUUCCAGCGGUACUCGUAAGAAAAUUACAGAUGUUACGACUAGGGCUCCGAGACUGCGAUCUGCAAGCAGUUUUGAGCAGGGCACGACUAAGAGAAGGGCAGGGAGACUGCGUUCUGAGAAUCCCACUUAA